CCUUCCCCACGCCUCUGUUUACUUCAGUUCUAAACAAAAUCCUGCUCUCUUCAUAUGGCUGACUCUCAACAUUCCUCUUCUGGUAAAACUUGUGUACACUCUUCAGAUGAGGAAACAAGUGAAGAAUCAAAGCUUAAAUUCUCUGAAGAUGAGGAAACACUAAUAAUCAGGAUGUAUAAUCUGGUUGGGGAGAGAUGGGUUCUAAUUUCUGGAAGAAUCCCUGGUAGAACAGCUGAGGAAAUUAAGGAGUAUUGGAAUACCAGGUAUUCGAAAAGCGAAAGAAGAGGCAAAAGGGCGAAAUGUCUGGUACUUCGAGCGAGUUGAUGCUAGAGCAAUGUUGGGUAUUUGUUGCAGUCACUUAAAAUGAGUAAAGAAGAUGAUGGUAAUGGAUUCAUCUUCAAGCAAAAAUGAUGCGUUUGAUGUUUUGGACUUUCACCCCCUUUCUCUUUUUCAUCAUCCUACUGUCCAUAUGUUCAU